AUGAUUGAUCAAAAAGACAAUAAUAGCAACAAACUUGGUGACAACGAUGCAGAACAAGUAGAGAGCAAUACAAGAGACAUCCUGGAUUUUGCAAUGGCUAGUCUGGAAAACUUUAAUUUCCAAAGACUCAGUGAACAAGAGGAAGAGACAAAACGAGUGAUAGGACUGGAUCAUCAAAAAGAGCUUGAACAGCUUAAAGAUUCGGAUGAAAAUGAAUUAGACGUUAGUCUGUUUUAUAAGAGAAGAACUACUAACAUCAGCAAUGAUCUGAUCACUUACUCAGAAACUGAUGACGAAUAUGUACAUAGCGAUACAGAGAAUUCUGUUGACUCACGAACUAUUCUUCGUGAUUUUGAAUUGAGUGGCAAUAACGUGUCAGGUCUCUUGGACCAUGCUUCUUAUUUUUCAAACUCAUUGUUAUCUGCAUUGGACUCGAGUGACUUGGACAAGACGCUAGUUGUAGGUGCCCAGCUAAGCGGGAAAUUAAACAAUGAGAACCAAAAAUUGUUAGAGCAACGCAAAAUUUUGAAUGAAAGUUUUACUCGAUUGCACCAAUUGUUCAAACAAAAUUUCGAAACGCUCGGUUCUGAUAAGCUAUCCAGAGUGGAGCGUUUAAACAAAAAUAUAAAGUCCAUUGAAGCACGUAUAGAAAAGCUUCGCAAUGGCACAAAGAGUCUGCUGCUCAGCAUACCAUUUAAAAAGAAUAAACACCGUCUUGGACUUGCGCAAAUGUAUCCCAUCGAGUUUCAUCAAGCAAGAGAUAAAGUAUUGGAACGUCCAAUAGAUGAAGAUUAA